CAUCAAGCUGCUACGAUUUCUCAUAUAAUGCCUUGUUAGAAUCAGUUGAGAUGGCUAUACGAAACCCAGAAGUGGCAGCUAUGGAGGAGUAUACUGAAGCUGAGUCCUCUUCUAAUGGAAAAGAGACUCAAUUAGCUUCUGACUUAUCCAAGAAUCUUGAUCUUGCUGAAGAUGAAAAGGUUGACAACCAAGAAGAUGAGGGAAUCAAAGGUGAGGCUUCAACGAAGAAGAAAAAGAAGAAAAGUAAAAGCAAGAAGAAGAAGAAUUCCCUUCAACAGACUGAUCCACCUUCAAUUCCUGUUCUUGACCUCUUUCCUUCUGGAGAAUUUCCUCAAGGUGAAAUCCAACAAUACAAGGAUGAUAAUUUGUGGAGAACAACAUCCGAAGAGAAGAGAGAGAUGGAGAGGCUUCAAAAGCCGAUAUAUAACUCUCUUCGCCAAGCAGCGGAAGUUCAUCGUCAAGUUAGGAAGUAUAUGAGAAGCAUAUUGAAACCUGGAAUGUUGAUGAUUGAUCUCUGUGAGACCUUAGAGAACACUGUUCGUAAGUUGAUAUCAGAGAAUGGUCUUCAAGCUGGUAUCGCAUUUCCUACAGGGUGUUCUCUGAAUAACGUUGCUGCUCAUUGGACACCAAACUCUGGAGAUAAGACUGUCCUUCAGUAUGAUGAUGUCAUGAAGUUGGAUUUUGGAACACAUAUUGAUGGGCACAUUGUUGAUUCCGCUUUCACAGUUGCCUUCAAUCCUAUGUUUGAUCCUCUUUUAGCAGCCUCACGUGAAGCAACAUAUACCGGUAUCAAGGAAGCUGGGGUAGAUGUCCGUCUCUGUGAUGUUGGUGCUGCAAUUCAGGAGGUCAUGGAGUCUUAUGAGGUUGAAAUCAAUGGAAAAGUCUACCUAGCAUCGGACGCUAUCAGAUACACGCUGAAAAAUCUGUUCCUAAAGUUAGAGGACUUAGAAUGUAGCCAUUACAUGAAAAACUACGAUGUGGGACACGUCCCUUUGAGGUUACCAAAAGCAAAACAACUCCUUGCCACCAUUAACAAGAACUUCUCCACUCUAGCUUUCUGCGGACGCUAUUUGGACCGCCUUGGUGAAACGAAAUACUUGAUGGCUUUAAAGAAUCUUUGUGAUUCUGGCAUAAUUGAGCCAUGCCGUCCAGUGUGUGAUGUAAAAGGAAGCUAUGUUUCUCAGUUUGAGCAUACGAUCUUGUUGCGGCCAACUUGCAAAGAGAUUAUUUCCAAAGGAGACGAUUAUUGAAAUGGCUCAUUUUCACAGAAAACAUCAAAAGGUUUUUUCUUCUGGCAAAUGUUUUGUUGUUUAAUUGUAUUGUUCUUCUUUAGAUUGUAUAAUAAUUGUUUGGCUUCUUCGGUCGUUCUUGUGACCGUGUGAACUGACAACAAAAGCAGUACUCAGUG